CCACAUCUGGAUCUGAGGUCACUUGUAUAGUGACAGAUGAUUCUGAUUGAUGUCACACUCCCUGGUCCCUGGAGAGAGCUGGAAAUGCCUCCUGGCCCUACUCAGAGGCAUGAAGCCCAAUGUAAGCCCCAUCUCAUGAAGGAAACCUUCCUAACUCCUUGGUCUCCUCCCUCCAGUACCAAGGUAGGAGUCCCUAGGAGACCACUAGUUUAGAAACUUGUCUAGGUGCUAAGGAGCUUCAUCAGGAGGCCCUUCUUCCUCCCUGGAGCUGUCCUGAGGUUUUCAACUGCAGAUCGAUGGCCAAGGCUGCCCCAAGGAGAGGGAAUUCCCACAGUGCCCUAUGGCCCAGAGGCCCUGAAAAUGAUCUCACGCAAGUAGGGCAGCUAUUUUUACCUGGCACUUAAUUACAGGGUUUGGAUCCCAGAGGAGAAAUAUGAUGAGUUGGUGCUCCCAGCAGCUACAAGGGAGGGGUAUGCUGGGAACUGAGGAUCCUGGGAGGGCAGGCAAGGCGAUGACCCUACAUCUCAGCUCCACGGAAAGGCAAUCCCUUCUUCCUAACCCUGGGCUGGCCCCCUUAGGGGCUCCCCAGGGCAGGGCCAUAUCACUCUACUUACUUGGCAGCCAAUGGUGAUGUUGGAGCCCCGACGGUGGGGUGUAUGCACACCGGGGGCUGGGCCUGUGCUCCCAGGGAUGUUGGCCAUGUUGGGGAACAAGUAGGCAAGACCCCCAAAUCAUUGAACCCACACCACAUAGUUUAGCACUCUAGAAAGGUGAAGGAUGGAAAGGCCAGGAAUGAGGAGGAAGCUGGGGUGAGUAGACAGCAGAGGUCCCUGGAUUGGGACCUCUUCAAGUUUGGAUUUGGAUGGGAACUCUGGAGGGAAUAGGAUUCCAGAACGCGAGAAUAGAAGUAGAAGUGUACAGGCCACUGUGGUAGAAAGAAGUCUUGAGGUAGCAGGGCCUUUAAAGCUGGUGCAAAAAAUUGAUCAUGCUUUUUGUAAACACUAGGUCCUUAAAAAAGAAAAAAGGCCAAAAAAAGCUAGUCAUAUGGUCAUACAAUAAUCCCCUUUAUCCAAGGCUUUACUUUCUGAGAUUUCAGUUACCUGUGUUCAACUGAGGUCCCAGAGAUUCCAGAAGUAAAUGUAAGUUUUAAAUAGCACUGUUCUUCAUAGCAAGAUGAACUCUUGCCCCAUCCCACUCCUUUUGCCUGGGACAUGAAUUAUCCCUUUGUCCAGCAUGUCCACACUGUAUGUGCUACCUGCUUACUAGUUAUUUAGAAGCUGUCUUCGUUGUUAGAUCAAAAAAUCAUAGUAGGGGAUGGUGCCUGUGGCUCAGUGGAUAGGGUGCCGGCCCCAUAUAUAAUGAGAGUGGUGGGUUUGAACUCAGCCCUGGCCAAACCGCAACCAAAAAAAAAAAAAAAUAGCUGGGCAUUGUGGUGGGCGCCUGUGGUCACAGCUGCUCAGGAGGCUGAGACAAGAAAAUCACUUAAGCCCAGGAGUUGGAGGUUGCUGUGAGCUGUGACGCUAUAGCACUCUACUGAGGGCCAUAAAGUGAGACUCUGUCUCUAAAAAAAAAAAAAUCAUAGUAGGACAGGGGCAGUGGCUCAGGCCUGUAAUCCUAGUACUUUGGGAGACCAAGAUGGGAGUAUUGCUUGAGGCCAGGAGUUUAAGAUCAGCUUGAGCAACACAGCAAGUGGCAGUCUACAAAAAAAAAUAGAAGAAAAAAUAAUUAGCCAGCAUUGUGGCACCCACUUACAAUCCUAGCUACUAGAGAGGCUGAAGCAGGAUCACUUGAGCUCAGGAGUUUGAGGCUACGGUGAGCUAUAAUUGUGCCACUGCACUCUAGCCUGGCAACAGAGUGAGACCAUAUCCAAAAAACCCCUGAAAUUAUUGUGUAUAUAGGGUCCCAUGCUAUCUACAGUUUUAGGCAUCCACCAGAAGGUCUUGGAACAUGUACCCCUUAUAUAAGGUAUUUGAUCCACACUGGUACCUGAUUUCCAGGGUCAUGAAGACAUGGGUAAGAAUCAUGGAACUAUAUUGUCACUAACAAGCUGAGUGUCCUCAUGCCCAGUGUGGGGGCUUAGUAACAGCUGUGACUUGCGUGGCGUGCCGAACACGUUCACUUGUGCAUUCAGUCAGUAUUUCCUGAGUUCCUGCCAUAUGCCCAGCACUGGGGACACAGUUAUAGGACUGUCAAAAAUCUCUCCUUGUGAAAAUGGCUUUCUCAGGGGGAAGGUGGGGAGCAGAGGAAGACAUAUAACCAAGCAACAAAAUAUAUGGUACAUCAGAUGGCAAUAGGCACAAUGGAGAAAAUAAGCAGGCAGAGGGCACAGAGAAUGCCAGAGGGAGCUGGGACAUCUAUUAUUCUCAAAAGUGUUGUCAGGGAAGGCUGUUGGAUGAGAUACUUGAGCAGAAACCCAAAGAAGGUAAGGAAGUAUUAGAGAAAGAACAUUUCAGGCGCAUGCAAAGGCCCUGACAAGGGAACGUGGCCGUCAUCUGCCUGGAAUGGCAAGGAGGCAAGAGCAGCCAGGGGAGAGUAGCAGGAGAUUCUCCCAGAGAUGUAAAUGGAUGCAGGUUAUGCCAGGCCUUGGGAUUCAAUGGUAGGGUUUUGGCUUGUACUCUCAGAGUAAUGGGAGCCAUUGCAGAAUUUUGAGCAGAAGAGAGACCUGAUCUGUCUAGUGUUUUAAGAUGAUGACUGGUUGGGUGGCGUCUGUGGUUCAAAGGGUAGGGCACCAGCCCCAUAUGCCGGAGGUUGUGGGUGCAAACCCAGCCCUGGCCAAAAAAAAAAAAAGAAAUGACUGGGUUCCUGGGUGGAGAACAGACUUUAGGAACAUGAGGUCAGGAUCCAGGGGACCGAAAAAGUCGAAGUACUGCAGGCAAGAGAAGGGAUUUGGGUAGGCCAGGACAACUACCUGGAAGGGGAAAGAGGAGGAGGAGUUGGGCUAUGGGUGUAUUUCAGAAGUAGAACCAAGAGGAUUGCAUAUGACUUCUUCCUGUCCACCCAGCUUUGGGGACUCUCAGGUUAUUGAGGGAAGUGAGGUCACUAGAGGUUCACAGGGACCAGACUUUGGCAUCUGUCAUCCCAGCCUCCUCUGUCAGCCCCAGAAAUGACCCUGAAGUUCUCUAAGACUGUGGUGGGGGGUGCAGAUGCCACCUUCUGCUUCCCCAGGUGUCUGUCUUCACAUACUCAGGACUUGAAGGAGGCAGCCCUGGGGGCAGGGUAUACAAAUGGAGGGGACAGGUGAGGACCCUGGUCAGAGACCUGAAAGUCACAGCUUUUCUCUUCUGCAGCCACAGGUGGCUGCGAUGGGACGGGAACCAUGAAUGGUGCCACCCCCGGCCCCGCCGCAGCUGCCCCGGUCCCGGUGCCAGUCCCGGACUGGCGGCAGUUCUGUGAGCUGCACGCCCAGGCGGCCGCCGUGGACUUCGCUCACAAGUUCUGUCGCUUCCUGCGGGACAACCCGGCCUACGACACGCCCGACGCCGGAGCCUCCUUCUCCCGCCACUUCGCCACCAACUUCCUGGACGUGUUUGGAGAGGAAGUGCGCCGCAUGUUGGUGGCCAGGCGUGCUGAUGCCAUGGAGCCGGAGCAUGGGGAGACCCCCGCCCUCAAGGCAGCGGCCUACGGCCACUCUCGGAGCUCGGAGGACGUGUCUGCGCACACAGCGACCAAGGCCCGCGUCCGCAAGGGUUUCUCUCUGCGCAACAUGAGUCUGUGCGUGGUGGACGGUGUGCGUGACAUGUGGCACCGGCGCGCCUCACCGGAGCUGGAUGGUGGCACUGCUCCAAGGGCUGCCGAGCCCCCAGCGGAGCCGCGUGACAAGUGGAUGCGGCGCUUGCGGCUGACACGGACCUUGGCAGCCAAGGUCGAGCUGGUGGACAUCCAGCGCGAGGGCGCACUGCGCUUCAUGGUGGCUGACGACUCAGCCGCUGGCCCUGGGGGCGCUGCCCAGUGGCAGAAGUGCCGCCUGCUCCUGCGCAGGGCUGUCGCUGGAGAGCGCUUCCGCCUCGAGUUCUUCGUACCGCCCAAGGCCUCCAAGCCCAAGGUCAGCAUUCCCCUCUCGGCCAUCAUCGAAGUCCGCACCACCAUGCCCCUGGAGAUGCCAGAAAAGGACAACACAUUUGUGCUCAAGGUGGAGAAUGGGGCCGAGUACAUCCUGGAGACCAUCGACUCACUGCAGAAGCACUCGUGGGUAGCUGAUAUCCAGGGCUGCGUGGACCCCGGUGACAGUGAGGAAGAUGGUGACCUCUCCUGUGCCAGAGGAGGCUGUCUAGCCAGCCAAGUGUCCUCCUGCAGCUGUGAGCUCCUAACAGAAGAGCUUCCCCGGCCCCCAGAGACAACAGCAGCCAUGGGUGCUGUGGUGACAGCCCCCCACAGCCGAGCUCGAGAUGCUGUCGGAGAGUCCCUGAUCCAUGUCCCACUAGAGACCUUUCUACAGACCCUGGAGUCCCCAGGCGGCAGUGGCAGUGACAGCAAUAACACAGGAGAGGAAGGAGCAGAGCCAGAUCCUGAGGUUGAGCCUGAACAAGAGCUCUCCGACUACCCUUGGUUCCAUGGGACGCUGUCACGGGUCAAGGCAGCGCAGUUGGUGCUGGCGGGUGGGCCCCGGAGCCACGGCCUCUUUGUGAUCCGCCAAAGUGAGACUCGGCCAGGGGAGUACGUGCUGACCUUCAACUUCCAGGGCAAGGCCAAGCACCUGCGCCUGUCCCUGAAUGGCCAUGGCCAGUGCCACGUACAGCACCUGUGGUUCCAGUCUGUGCUUGACAUGCUCCGCCACUUCCAUACGCACCCCAUCCCGCUGGAGUCAGGGGGCUCUGCUGACAUCACCCUGCGCAGCUACGUCCGUGCCCAGGGCCCCCCACCUGAGCCGGGACCCACGCCCAGCGCCGCGCCCGCGGCCCCCUCCUGCUGGAGCGAGCCGGCCGGCCAGCACUACUUCGCCAGCCUCGCUGCAGCCGCCUGCCCGCCAGCUUCGCCCUCCGACGCUACCGCUGCCGCCUCCUCGUCCGCAUCGUCGUCCUCGGCCGCGUCCGGGCCUGCGCCUCCCCGCCCUGCGGACGGCCCGCCCAGCGCGCGCGGCCGAAGUGACAGCGCGGACCGCCUGCUGGAAACCGUGGCUGGCGGUCCGGAAGAGUCCCCGGAGGCGGCUGGGGGCCGAGCCCGGGCAGUCGAGAACCAGUACUCCUUCUACUAGCGCCCGCAGCGCUGGGGAGAGACGCGAAGCUCUUCAGUGAAGACAUGAUGUUAUUAAAGAGCCUGUUUUAGGGACUGC